UGCGCUUUAGUGCGCAUGUGCGUGUUAUCUUUUAAUUAAGGGCGGUUUCCAGCUGCUGCAGUGUGUCCAGGUGAGCCGUGCGUGCCGACAUGCAAUCACGCCAGCUCAUUUGUUUGCUUUUUCUGUCAAGUUUAGCGUCUGCCCCAGGGCAGAAUUUAGGCUGCCAUAAGAAACAAUGGCAGUGUGAUGAUGGCAGCUGCAUCCCUAACAAAUGGAGAUGUGAUGGAGAUGGAGACUGCCUGGAUGGCUCUGAUGAGAUGGACUGUACUGCCUCUACCGAUUGUAAACCAGGCCAGUUUCCAUGCAUGGACUCUGUUGCCUGUGUUGACGCAUCAGCGCGCUGUGAUGGGAAAAAGCAGUGUCCGACUGGCUCUGAUGAGGAGAACUGUGCGGCCUCAGAGGGCUGUUUAAACUCCGACUGGACAUGUCAGAACAAGAUUUGUAUUCCCAAAGAGCUGCGCUGUGAUGGAAAAAACGACUGUGUGGACAACUCUGAUGAAGACGGCUGUGAUGUGUGUAGCGAGGACGCCCUAUCUUGUCCGGAUGGCAUGUGUCUUUCAGCUGAAGAAAGGUGUGAUGGGAAGGUCCACUGCUCGGAUGGCAGCGACGAACCCAAAACCUGCGGUCAUACUUGCUCUGUGAAAAAUGGUGGUUGCAGCCACUUGUGUGUAGAUGAGACCUGGGGUGCACUGUGCACAUGUCCUGCUGGAUAUGAACUUUCUGUCAAUGGAGCAGUCUGCAAAGAUUUGGAUGAAUGUGCCCUUCCUUCUGCACCAUGCCUGCAUCAAUGCACCAACACGGUUGGAUCUUAUGUUUGCCACUGUAGAGAAGGCUUCAAACAGAAUGGUGGCAUUGCCUGUCUAGCUACAGGUAACAAUACUCGACUGCUGACAGUAAUGAGGACGUCUGUAGGGCUGCUGAAUGUCAAGUCUCAACAGUUUGAUGUCGUCCAGAGUCUUUUGUUCAACCCAGUGGCCCUGACCUAUGAUAUUGCCAGAGGCUGCUACUACUGGGCUGAUGGUGCAGGCCGCAUAUAUAAGAGCGAUGGACAGCGCAGCAGAACAAUCUAUACUGGUGAGCUUGGAAUUAAGGGUCUAGCUUGUGAUUGGUUGAAUGGAAACCUGUUCUGGACCAAUCAGAGGACUGAAUCAAUCUACAUGCAAGGAGAAGACAAAAGUUAUACUACUCUGUUGAGCAAAGACAUCAGUCCGUCAGAAUUGGUUCUUAUACCAGUGGAAAGCCUGAUGUUUUGGAUCAACGAAGGCCCUGCUGAUAGGAGGACCAUUGAAAAAUCCUGGAUGGAUGGAUCAGACCGAAGCACUAUGGCUGUGCUAACAGCCCAGUCGGCCCAUGGGCUCACAGCGGAUGUUGCAGCCAGAAGGCUCUACUGGAUUAGUGACUUUAAGAAAUCCAUUGAGACAAUGAAUGUGGAUGGAACGAGCACCUAUUCCUUUACUGGACUGUUCAACCGGAGACCAGCUCUGAGCCUGGCUGUGUUUGAAAGUUCCUUCUAUUGGGUUGAUGAUAAGGGCCUCUGGCAGGUGCCUCAGGACCAACCAAGCCAGAGGAAAUUUCUCUGGAAAUCCACAGUUCCACUGCUCAGUGUUUACCAUGAGCUGCAGCAGCCUAGAGGCACUUCUGCAUGUGCCAAGACCCCGUGCCAUAUCUGUCUUCUAACUAACAGCAACCCUGUAGGGUUCACGUGCACUUGUCCCAACUCCAAAGUUCUGAUGCUUGAUGGAACAUGUGAAUAUCCUAGGUUCCUUUAUGCUACCUCCAGCAGUAUCAAUAUGUUGGCGUUUCAAGGCAGCGUGUUCACCAACACUGAGCUGUUUUCCACUGACGAGAGCAUCCUGUCAUUUGAUGUCGACUGGAAUCAAGACUGGCUGUAUUGGGCCAACAAAACUGGACACAUCCAGCGCACCAGCUUAACUCGAGUCAAGACUGAAUGGAUUCCGACACCAAUGUCAGUUUGCCAAAUAAAAGUUGACCAGAAGAGUGGCAGCAUCUAUUGGGUGUCACGUGACCAAACCCGCAUCGGUUCAGUAGAAGUGAAUAGUCGUCAUGCACAGCAGUUGUAUCACACAACAAAGCAGAUUCAAAACUUUUACCUGGACUGGCUGAGGGGUGGGAUCAUCUGGCUGGAGGAGCAGAAGAUCUUUAGUAUGAGCAUGACCGGAAGCAGAGCUAAAGAACUUCUGCACUUGGCAGAAGUCACAGGGAACAUUGCCUUUGACCUCAGAGCCGCUAGUCUGCUGUGGAACUCAAAAAUGGGAGGCCUGACAACAAUGAGUCUGCUCCAGGAUAAAAAACAUCAAGCUGGAAAAAGAUGGAAUAUUUCUGGCUCGGUGGUAAGUGCCUUUGAGCCAUACCUGCUGUCUCGCUACAAAGACACCAUGACUCUGUGGGAUCGUCGUGAUGGGCGCCCCGUUCAAGAUGUGAUUGUGAAAGGUCAAGUGGUCAAUGUGAUGACUGCACUUGAGGACAUACAUGCAGUACCUGUUACUGUGAUCUGCAAUAAGCCAGCUAUGCUGUGUCGAGACACAUCUAUCUGCCUCGCUCCAAACCAACUGUGUGAUGGCAAGGAAGAUUGUCCUGAUGGAGAUGACGAAGAUUUUUGUGUUAAAACAUGUCCGUCCAAAGACGAUUUUAAGUGUAAAGACCGGAGGAGAUGUGUGUCCAAGACUCUCCUCUGCGACGGACGUUCUCAUUGCUACGAUGGCUCUGAUGAGGUUGGCUGCCCUACUGUUGCCUUGCCGGUGACUCAAGCAAAUGUUCUCAAGUGUCGCAAGGGCUAUAGGCAAUGCAAAAACGGGGCAGAGUGUGUAUCAUACAGCCAUGUGUGCGAUGGAGAGAGAGACUGUAAGGAUGGGUCAGAUGAAGAAGAAUGUGAUGAACAGCAUGUGACCGCACCAAAACCAUCCAUUGAAGCAUCAAACAAAAUUGUACCUACAAGUUCUGUACCAUCUCUGCCGUCGUGCAUCAGUCCCUCUGUGCUUUGUCCUCAUCCUUCUGUUGGCCUCUGCAUCACCCCAAAGCAAUUUUGCGAUGGGCAAAAAGACUGUCCAGAUGGCUCUGAUGAAGAUAACUGUGUUAAAAGAUGUCCCUCUAAAAAUGAUUUCCGCUGCAAGGAUCGUAGAAGCUGCGUUUCUAGGAGCCUCGUUUGUGACGGCCGUGCUCAUUGUCACGAUGGCUCUGAUGAAGUUGGCUGUGCCGGUGUCGAAACCCCUGCUAGCCAAGAAAAGGAUUUGAAAUGUCUUGUGGGUGCUAAGCUCUGUCAGGAUGGGAGUGAAUGUGUGCUCUUCAGUCACGUGUGUGACGGAGAGUUCGACUGCGCAGAUGGUUCAGAUGAAAAGGGAUGUGACACUACCAACCCUGUAAAAAAACCCCACCUGAAUCAAUCACCUUUACCCAUUAAUGCUCAACCUCCAAGCAAACCUGCCUGUCAGAGACCUUCAUUUAUUUGUCCAGAUUCUUCAUGUAUUCUACCAACACAGUUAUGUGAUGGAAUAAAAGAUUGUCAUGAUGGAUCGGAUGAGAACUGCAUAAAACAAUGCCCAAAUAAAUUGGACUUUCUCUGCAAUGACCGACAAAGCUGUAUCUCUAAGAGUCUGGUUUGUGACGGCCGAUCUCAUUGCCACGACAGCUCAGAUGAAGUAAACUGUCCAACCGUAACUCCUACCACCUCCAGGGGAAACAUCCUGAAGUGCCGCUUGGGCUUCUCACUAUGUCGGGAUCUUACUGAAUGUGUUCCUUUUAGCCAUGUGUGUGAUGGCGAGAGAGACUGUGGGGAUGGAUCAGAUGAAGAUGAAUGUGAAGCAACUCAAACUCCAUCUGUGAAAGCCUUUAAUACACCUCCCCCCAAGCCGUCUUGUAGAAGUCCAGCAGUUCCAUGUCCCGAUUCAUUCCUUUGCAUCAGCCCAACACAGAUAUGUGAUGGAACAAAAGAUUGUCCUGAUGGAUCGGACGAGAACUGCAUAAAACAAUGCCUAAAAAAAUUGGACUUUCUUUGCAAAGACAGGCAAAGCUGUAUCUCCCAGAGUCUUGUUUGCGACGGCCGAGCUCAUUGCCGUGACAGCUCGGAUGAAGUCAAUUGUCCAACUGUAGCUCCGCCCACCACCCAAGGAAAGGCCCUGAAGUGUCGCUUGGGCUUCCGACUAUGUCGGGAUCAGACUGAAUGUGUUAUUUUUAGCCACGUUUGUGAUGGAGAGCGGGACUGUGCAGAUGGAUCAGAUGAAGAUGAAUGUGAAGCAACAGAAACUCGAUCUUCUGUAGAAAAUCCAAGCUCAAAUCAAUUGCCCCCAUCCAAGGAACCCAUUAAUAGUCCUUCCCCCAAGCCAUCCUGUAGAAGUCCAUCAAUGCUGUGUCCAAAUUCAUUCCUUUGCAUCAGUCUAAAACAGCUUUGUGAUGGGACUAAAGAUUGUCCUGAUGGAUCAGAUGAGAACUGUCUGACAAGAUGUGUUUAUGAGGGUGAGUUUCUGUGCAAGGAUCGUAGGAGCUGUGUCUCGAAGACUCUGGUUUGUGAUGGACGCUCUCAGUGCCACGAUGGCUCUGAUGAAGUUGACUGUUCGACUGUAGCUCCCCGCUUGACUACCACAACUGUCCUGAAAUGCCAUACAGGCUCAAAGCUAUGCAACAAUGGCAAGGAAUGUGUUUUAUACAGCCACGUUUGUGAUGGAGAAAAGGAUUGCUUGGAUGGAUCUGAUGAAGACGGAUGCCAGAGAACCUGUAAACAAGGUGAAUUUCAGUGUGCUCAUGGUGCAAUGUGCAUCCCUGAGGUCCAAGUUUGUGACGGGAGGGCUCAGUGUCGUGACCGUUCUGAUGAACUGAACUGUUGGGAACAAAGCAAAAGCUGCGAGUAUCGCUGUGCAGAUGGCCACCGCUGUAUCCCAAAUAAAUUCUUGUGUGAUGGAGAGCUAGAUUGCCGGGAUGGCACGGAUGAACUCGGCUGUGAUCCUGUGACCAUAACAGCCACACCUAUGCUUUGGAGUCCUGAAUCAGUUUGCAUUGCUCCUUCAGUUCGCUGCCCAGGUUCAUCAUUGUGUAUCUCUCAAAAUCAGCUCUGCGAUAGAAAAAAGGACUGUCCUGAUGCAUUUGAUGAGAAGGACUGUAUAUUCCAGUGUAAGAGCCGAACUGAUUUCUUGUGCAGUGACCGGCGAAAGUGCAUCCCCACAAUCCACGUGUGCGAUGGCCGUGCCCACUGUCCAGACAGCUCAGAUGAGCGGCAGUGUGAAUCAGUGGAUCUUGCCACUCCUUCUUCCCUGGACAAAAAUGAUGCCAGGUCACCUCUGAAAUGUCGCAAAGGAUUCAAGGCUUGUAAAACUGGCCUGGAGUGUGUGAUGUAUAGCCACGUGUGUGACGGCGAGGAUGACUGUCAGGAUGGAUCAGAUGAAGAGGCAUGUGCCACUAACUGCAAAUCAGAUGAGUUUGAAUGUCAGCACGGUAAUCGAUGCAUCGCACCAGAGAAGGUAUGCGACGGACAGUAUGACUGUCGGGACCGAUCCGAUGAAAUGGACUGUGAAAGUCUAACUUCGGGCUGUCAGCACCUUUGUGAUAAGACACGCUGCAUACCUGCAACCUUCCUGUGUGAUGGCGAGCGAGACUGUGUUGAUGGAUCAGAUGAGAAGAAAUGUGGUUUGGCGGCCUGUGAAGUUGAACAAUACCGUUGCAUUAGCGGCCAGUGUGUAUCUGAGGCUCUUCGAUGUGACGGCUACGCUGACUGCAGUGACCGAUCUGAUGAGCUCGACUGCGCAAGACCCCCACGCUGCCCCACAGAACUGCGAUGCCCUCACAGUCAUGAGUGCCUGCAGAGCGAAUGGCUAUGUGAUGGCGAGGAAGACUGCAAAGAUGGCUCGGACGAAAAGAACUGCUUGACUAAACCUCCGUCGUGUAGAGAAUACCAGUGGCAGUGUGGAGGCAGCAGUCAAUGCAUUCCUCUAUUCUGGAGGUGUGAUGGGAAGACGGACUGUCAAAACAGCAUGGACGAAGGCAAAUGCAAGGAGAGAAAGUGCCCUUCUCAUCUUUAUCAAUGUGGUAGUGGUGAGUGUGUGAACAUGCGACUGGUGUGCAACGGCUUCACCAACUGUGCUGACAGUUCAGACGAGGGUGUGGGAUGCACACUGCGCAACUGCUCCAGUCCAUUAGCUCCUCGUUGCGAACAUAGUUGUGUCAGCACACCAAAUGGACCGAGGUGUUAUUGUGCAGCAGGUUUCACACUACAUUCUGGUGGUGCGUCUUGUGUGGACACCAAUGAGUGCAAUUUGUUGCAGCAUGAGGCAUGCAAACACAGCUGCAUUAACACUCGGGGAUCCUAUGUGUGCCAUUGCCACCCUGGGUUCUACCUAGAACCAGACAACAAAAGCUGCAGGACAAAGGAUGAGCCACUGCUGCUGGCAUCAGUUCAGUCAGAACUGUUACUUCUCGGCGUUCAUAGUGGCACCUUACGUCUUCUGUCUUCUGCCAAUCGACCUGUUUUUUCACUGGAUUACCACUGGGCUCAGCAGAGAGUUUACUGGCUGAGUCCCGACUACCAGAGCAUCCGUUGGGCUGACAUGACAAAAGACUCCAACAAAAAAGGGACUCUUAUCAAAGGAGUGAAGUCUGAUUUCAUUGCCAUAGACUGGGUUGGUAAAAACCUAUACUGGGUGGAUGGACUAGUUGGACAGAUUCUGGCAAUGCGACUUAGCGAUACUAAAGUAAAAUCUCAGGAUUACAUUGUGGUCCUGGCUGAAGAUCUCGAGCAGCCCCGCUCGCUGGUCUUGCUGCCACACAGAGGGUUGAUGUUGUGGUCUGAGAUUGGCAGCACCCCUCGGAUCCAGCGGUCUGGGAUGGACGGCUCAAAGAAGAAGGUCGUGGUGAGCAGUGGCUUGAGCUGGCCUGUAAGUUUGGCGUAUGAUUUCCUGGAUGACCGUGUGUACUGGGCUGAUGAGAAGAUAGGCUGCAUAGGCUCUGCCACCCUGGAUGGAGAUUAUAUAAAGAUCCUUCAGUUAGCUGAAACUCCAAGCCCAUUUUCUGUGGCAGUCUUCAAUGACCGGCUUUUCUGGUCAGACACAAAACGAAGAACCAUCCGCUCAGCUGACAAAAACACUGGCAAAGAUCAGAAGGUCCUUCUGAAGAGACCAGGACAGCCUUUUGGGCUACAGGUGAUGCAUUCCCUCUCUCAGCCCUCUAUAUCAAACCUCUGUGACCAGCUGCAAUGCUCCCACCUUUGUCUCCUGACCCCAGCGCAGAAGGCACUAGUUAAAGAGCCAGCAGCAGUCUGUCGCUGCCCAAAGGGGCUUCUACUUUCUAAAGACAAGAUCAGCUGCUCUCUGCCUUUGGAAUCAACUUUUAUCUUGCUUCUGUCCAACACAAAGGUCUAUCAGAUUUACCUAAAGUCCUUGCGUAGUGAUGGGGUUGGUCUGAAAAAUAUGCCGAACAGCCGUGUUAUGGCUCUUCCCGGUGUUGUUAAGGCCUCAGGAUUCGACGUAUCUAUCCAAGCUUUGUCUUUAUAUAUGGCUGAUAGUGGCCAUGCUACUGUAGAUCUGUUGAACUUAAGUGGUCCCAGAUCCAGGCAGGGACUGACACCAGCUGGGCGCAUUCUAAGUCUUAAGGAUGAUUCAGUCGUGGCUCUGGCUGUUGACUGGGUGACCUCCAACCUCUACUGGAGCAGUAAAAAAAAGCCUAAUCUCUAUGUGACCACUCUUCAUAAAAGCUACACCACAUCUCUGCUGCAGGGAUCACUGGCGGGCACAACAUCCAUUGCAGUGCAUCCGCCUUCAAGUCAACUUUGCUACACAGCCCUUGUGGCUGGCGGCAAGAGGCAACAUGAGGUGAGCUGCGCCUGGAUGGAUGGGAGCAACAAAGUAGUGCUUUGGAAAAAGUCCAAUGUCCCCACAUCAUUAGUUUUUUCCAACAAAGGGAACACAAUCUACUGGGCUGACACAGGAGAAGGCCUAAUCUGUUCUAUUGGACUUGAUGGAUCUGGCUUUAAACAGUACAAAACAGGGCCAGGUUUGCUUACUUCUUUCACAUACACUGAGAAUAUCCUGCUCUGGAUAACCCUGGAAAAGGAUGUCACCAAAAUGUGGUUCAGCAAUGGCCUCCAGCCUCAACAGUUGUGGUUUGAGACGAAAACCAGCCUGGUGCAAAUUAAAGCUUACAGUAAUGACAGCCAGGAAGGAUCAAAUAGGUGCUCCAACAAAAACGGAGAGUGUGCACAUCUUUGUUUGCCUUACCCUGGAGGUCGCACAUGCAAGUGCAGUCGUGGAUUUUACAGCAUCAGUCCCACUUCCUGUGCACCUGAGCACCCUUGUCCCAAUGGAGAGCAAGCUUGUCUUGAUAGCAGCAAGUGCAUCAGCAGCAAGAAGUUCUGUGAUGGACGUUUGGACUGUCCGGAUCAAUCCGAUGAACAGGACUGUCCAUAUAUUAACUCUCCUCUUGGGAAAAAAGUUAAUGACGACCAUCUUCCCGAGUCUUCACUCCCACCUCCUCACCAAAACCCUCCAAAGGACACUUUCGCAGACGAAGACUCUGCUUCAUGUGGUCAGCAACACUGUAGCGGUCAUGGUCGCUGUGUCAUGCAAGGCAAGGGCUGUCACUGCAUCGCUGGUUACAAGGGAGAGUUCUGUCAAGAGGAGCAGAGUAGACGAAGCCAUGUGGGGGUUGUCCUUGGAGUAGUCUUUCUUUUUGCUGUAUUCACAGUUGUUGCUUACAUCUUUGGAAAAAGGCAAGCCUGGACAUUGAUCAGAGGCCGAUCACCAGAGAAAGAAACUCUCAUGGAUAAUAUGGGCCUACCUGAUGAACACUUUGAGACUGACUGUGAGGAGUUUGAUUCUACAAUAGAUUUGACGAAUCGUCCUGUAGCUUCAUAACAUCCAAUAAACGUCUGCUGGCAGAUCAGCUGUGGAA